AUGCUCUGCUCAGCCUGCAAAGACAUCUUUUCUCGUCCACGAAGGCUCGCUUACGGAAGCAUACAUCCAUGGGAGCAGACACCACUGUCCUUUCGCCUGGCUCUCCAGGCAGGAUGUCAUCUCUGCCAUCUUAUCGACGCGAGCCGCGGAUACGAUUCCGCGAGAAGUGAAUCAUUUCCACUCGGCAUCAGCUACUCAUUUAGACCACUCAACCCCAAGUGGGCGCGUUAUGGGACCGGCAUGAAGUGGUACACCUAUCAGUCCCGAUGUGCAGAUGAGGUCGGAGAAAUGGACGAGUAUCUACGCGGGUGGGAACAAGAUCCCACGCCCAACGGACUAGGCCGACUCCUUGCCACGGAUUCCGCGAGAGUCCCUGACGAGGCUGCCAAGUCCUGGGUAGUGCUGCGGUUCUACGGGUGCGAGGACAUUGUGCUGCCGAUAGAACUCUCCAUUCCCGACGACAAUCUCGAGGAUCUGGCCCAGCGGAACCUCCAUACCCAAACAACGACUGGACAUCCAGAGACGCUUCAGCUCGCCAAAGAAUGGCUGUGGAGCUGUCUCGACAGCCACCCCUCCUGUGGUCCUCGCUAUCCCUCCACCGAGGACUUCGUCCCAACUCGGCUGCUCGACAUCGGCACUAUCGAGUCACCACUUCUUCGUCUCGUCUCGGGCGCUUCACUGGAUCCAAAAUCUCGCUGGGUGGCACUCAGCCACCGAUGGGCCACGAAUCAAAUACACAUCCUCAGGUCUUCAAAAGUCGCUGCAUACCACAUCGCCAUUCCCCCCUCUGAAGUAUCCCCUACCAUCCGCGAUGCCACCCACGUGACACGCGCUUUGGGGAUCCGAUACCUCUGGGUUGACUGCAUGUGCAUCAUCCAAGACGACGGCAGCGCAGACUGGGCAAGAGAAUCCAACACCAUGUCCAAGAUUUACGGGCGCUCAACAUGCACCAUCGCCGCGGCGACCACCGCAGCCGCAGCCGCACCCGCUACCGCCGACACUGAAAGCGAAGCACGAGGCGGCGGUGGAUUCUUCGCGGAGAGGAGCCCCUACCGUGUCCGCCCCUGUGUUAUCCGCAACCCCUUCAAAUCUGGCGACUCCCGCUACCAAUUCAACGUCAUGCCCCCCUACCUCAACCGGCUGCACGACGAGAACGUCCGCUCAUCCGAGUGGUUCAAGCGCGGCUGGGUCUUUCAGGAGCGCAUGCUCGCGCCGCGGCUACUGGUAUUCUCAGACACCCAAAUCCUAUGGGGAUGUUCAUACCUGCAGGCAGCCGAGUCGUGGCCUAGAGGAAAAACCGCGGAGAACUACAUUGAUAGAUUCGAGAGUGUGGCUACUGAGAGGAAGAGGUUGCAGCAAUUGCUUCAUCAGGAAACUGGGGUCAGGAAGAACCACAAGGCGUGGUGGACGUUUCUGAGGGAUUAUAUGGCGAGUGAGUUGACUGUCAGGUCGGAUAGACUGCCUGCUAUUAGCGGCGUGGCGGCGCUGGUGGAGGGGCUGUCAGGGGAGAGAUACUGCGGCGGCCUUUGGAUCACAGCGGAGGAUCUGCCGGAGGCGUUGCUUUGGCAGGUGGGGAAUAAGAAUGUGAGACGGAGACCACCUGAGUAUAGGGCGCCAUCAUUUUCGUGGGCAAAGGUGGAAGGUGAGAUCUGUCUUAAGACGGGGGACUUGAAGAGGACCUCGACCAGUUUGGUACGAGUUAUAGAGGGGUUGCAGCUCGAGGACGCAGAGCUCAGUGGGAAUACGACUGGGAGGAAUGUCAGAGAGGCGUUGAGAAUGGAGGGAAUCUUGUUGCCGGCUUCGGUUCUGACGUCGUCUGACGGGGGAAUCGAUCAUCGGAUACUGACGAGGGAAGCUGGGGUCGAGCAGGCGUCGAUUAUCCAAAAGGAACUUGAGUACGCCCAAUCGCGCCGAGGACAGAUCGAAGCCAACGUCACAGCCACAAUCACAGUUGCCAGAAAGAGAGCCUCUAGAUUCCGUACGUGGAUCACCACAAGAAUUAGCCACAUAUGGGAAUCAUAUCUUCGCUGGGUCCUACUCGUCAUCGGCACCCCGAUCCUCUUCGUUCUGGCCGUCGCCGCCUUCGGUCUUGCGAUUGGUCUCGCCGCUGCCAUAGCCGGCCUUGCUAUUGUAGUGGUCCCCGUCGGAGCUGCCCUCUAUUUCUCCGUCAGAUUCUGCUCCAACUGCUGGACCAUGUACCUCUAUCCCUACUUCUUCGCGGAACAUAUUCGUCGGGAAGAGGCCGCGAGGGUGCGCGAGAAAAUGGCACACGAAGAGGACAUGCGCCGCAGGCAGCGUAAGGCGGAAGAGAGAGCCGAGAGGGUGUUUGCGGAUUUGGAACGAGGCGUGCGGUUCGAGGACCCGAUGUCGUUGGUUGAAGCAGGUCGCAAGUUGAAUCAGAAUGCAACGGAGGACAUGCCUGUCAAGAUUUAUUUACGCUCAGACUUUCUGCUUUCUGAUAGACAGGUGAUGGAGGUUUUUGUCCUUCCGGUUCUCCGUAAGGGUAAAUCGGUCGAGGGCCUGGUUGUUUGCUUGGUUGGAUUGUCGGGUGACCGGUAUGAGCGGCUUGGGACAUUUGAGAUGUCGGAUACCGAGGUUGCAAAGUUUCCUCACCCGAAGGGAGACGUGAGGUUUCUUCUUGUUUAA